ACUUCACUUGGUGGCUAACCAAACCGAAUAACAAACUUUAUCCUUGUCUAAGGAGUUGAAAUUCUUAGUAACCGAUUACUAAAUUCAUAAUUAAUUAAUUAAAAUAGUUGAUCUAAAGGCCACUUCCAUUCAUUUUUUAACCAACCUUCGCAAAAAGAAAUAUCUCCAUAUUAUUAAAGUUAUUAAAGUGAGAGAGAGAAGAAAACAAAAAAUGGGGAGCGAAGGAACAAGGUGUAUAACAGGAGCAAUGAUUGCAGGUCAAUUUGUGGAAGUAGGUGGUGACACUUUGAUGAAAGCUGCCAGCAAAGAUGGAAUGAGUAUUUUUGUUUUCAAUUUUUACUCAAAUCUUUUGGCUCUAUCUUUUCUUGUACCUUCCACCUUUUUGUACCACAGAAAAAGAGCUCCUCCCCCAAUUUCAACAUCCAUUUUAUGCCGAUUGUUUCUUAUUAGUUGCCUCAGUACUACAGUGCAGACGUUAAUGAAUACCGGAAUUAGAUAUAGUUCUCCAAGUCUCGCAUCAGCUAUGGUUGACCUUGUCCCUGCUUUUACCUUCAUCUUUGCCGUUAUUUCAAGGAUGGAAAAUCUAAAUCUAAAACAUCAUAUAAGCCAGGCAAAAGUUAUUGGUACAAUGGUGUCAAUUGCAGGAGCAUUAAUAGUGACAUUAUAUAAAGGGAAAUCAUUGAUUGGUGAUGCCUUUAAAAGCACAGAAAUGAGAGCAAGUGGAAUAUACCUGUUAGAUAAAUCAGAGUGGAUACUUGGUGCUUUUCUUCUUGCAACUGCUAGCAUUACACUUUCUCUUUUAUUCAUUGUCCAGACUUGGACUAUCAAGGAUUAUCCUGAAGAGCUAGUGGUUACAACCAUUUGUUGCUUCUUUGUGGUAAUCCAAACUGCCAUUGUAGCUCUCAUUGUAGAAGGAAUUUCAAAAGCAUGGACACUCAAAGCAGAUAUGGAGUUGGUAUCUGUGCUUUAUUCGGCAAUUUUUGUGGUAGCCAUGAGAAGUGUUGUAUACACAUGGGCAUUUCGUAAGAAAGGACCAAUAUAUGUAGCUAUGUUCAACCCUUUAAAAGUGGCCAUUGCAUUUGGUAUGGGAGUAAUAUUUUUGAGAGACAAUCUUUAUCUAGGAAGCAUGAUUGGAGCAGCAAUAAUAGCCAUUGGAUUUUAUGUUGUGAUGUGGGCCCAAGCUCAAGAGGAGCACACAAGUGAAAAUCAUUUACCUCCAUCUUCGGCUCCUCUCUUGUCAACCAAAAGCGAUUAUAUCUAGGAGGUUAUUCUUUGUAAGUGACAAAGUAUGUCUAUGUGAGUUGCAAUUAUCAUACAUGUAAGGCUCACUUGAAAUGUCACCUACACGUUUUGAGUAAAUAGUUUGUAUAAGUUUCUUCUCUCUUUUCUUGCAAGUGGAACCCACGUGAUAAGAUUUAAAUUAGGAGAACCAAAUGAAUGAUUUAAUAAAAUCGUAUGUGGUACUCCAA